AUGGGCCUGGAGAUGGUGUGGGGCGUGGGCGACGCUGGCGGCGUCGCCGAGGGCCCCAGGGGCGGCGCGGCCGAAGGGCCGCUGCCCGGAGGCGGCAUGGCGCCCGCGCGACCCGCCUCCGCGCAGGACCCGCGGAGGACCGCGGAGCUGAAGGCGGAGCGGCUGGCGGCACAGAUCUCGCGGCUGCAUUCGGACGUCGUGGGCGCGCUGCCGCCCGCGGCGCGGGCCGUGUGGGGCGAGCUGCACGCGCUCUUCCAGGAGAAGGUGAAGUCCGAGCAGCUCACGGAGGAGGAGGAGAGCGAGAUCGAGCGCUUUGUGUUCGACCGGCUGCCCACGGAGAAGAUGCAGUCCGACCUGAUCCUCAAGGUGUACAAGGUGCUGCACCUGGAGCGCGAGCGGGAUUGCCUCCUGGGCAUAGCGGCAGCGGCCUGA